AUGAUUGUAAACGAAGGGGGUGUAAGACAAGCUUCAAACUCCUGUCCAGAUCCCGGAGAGCCAGAGAACGGGAAAAGGCAUGGCAACGACUUCAGCAUUUCGAGUGAGGUGCAUUUUACCUGUGGAGAGGACUACGUUCUUCAGGGCAGUAAAACCAUCAGCUGUCAGAGAGUGGCCGAAGUGUUCGCCGCCUGGAGCGACCAUAGGCCGGUGUGCAAAGUGAAAACAUGUGGCAGUAAUCUUCAAGGACCUUCCGGAAGUUUUAUGUCUCCGAACUUCCCAAUCCAGUAUGAGAGCAACGCCCAGUGUGUCUGGAUCAUCACUGCUUCAAAUCCCAAUAAGGUAAUUCAGAUCAACUUUGAAGAAUUUGACCUGGAGAUCGCAUAUGACACUCUCACUAUUGGAGACGGAGGCGAAGUCGGUGAUCCCACCACCAUUUUACAAGUUCUUUCAGGAAGUUUUGUCCCUGACUUGAUCGUAAGCCUGACCCAUCAGAUGUGGCUCCAUCUACAAACAGACGAAAGUGUGGGCUCAAUAGGAUUCAAGAUCAACUACAAAGAAAUCGACAAAGAGAGCUGCGGAGACCCCGGCACGCCUCUGUACGGCGUACGAGAGGGGGACAGCUUCUCAAAUGGAGGGAUUCUGAGGUUCGAGUGCCAAUUUGGGUUUGAGUUAAUUGGAGAGAAGACCAUAUCCUGCCAGGACAACAACCAAUGGUCUGGCAAUAUCCCUAUAUGCAUAUUCCCAUGCAUGUCGAACUUCACUGCACCAUCUGGAACAGUGCUCUCACCGGAUUACCCAGAAGGCUAUGGGAACAACAUGAACUGCGUUUGGCUCGUCCAGUCCGAACCAGGCUCCAGAAUCCACUUGGCAUUUAACGACUUUGAUCUGGAGGCGCCCUACGAUGCUCUGACAGUGAAAGACGGGGAGACCAAUGAUGCAAACGUGAUCGGGAGGUUUUCGGGAGCUGAGAGUCCAUCACAUCUGACGUCCAACACCCACACGCUCAGGCUGGAGUUUCAGGCCGACCACUCCAUGUCGGGCAGAGGAUUCAACAUCACUUAUACCACGUUUGGCCAUAAUGAGUGCCCAGAUCCCGGCAUACCCAUCAACGCGCGACGUUUCGGAGACAGCUUCCAGCUCGGCAGCUCCAUCUCGGUGGUGUGUGAGGACGGAUUCAUCAAAACGCAGGGGAGCGAGACCAUCACAUGUCAGCUGGAGAAAGGCAAAGUCAUGUGGAGCGGGCCCAUCCCCAAAUGUGAAGCCCCAUGUGGAGGUCAUUACUCUGCCCCUAAUGGCGUGAUCCUGUCCCCUGGCUGGCCUGGUUACUAUAAAGAUUCCCUCAACUGCGAGUGGGUCAUCGAAACCGAACCAGGACGCUCAAUCAAAAUCACAUUUGACAGGUUUCAAACUGAGCUCGGAUACGACUUCCUGGAGAUCCACGACGGCCCCAACCUCCUCUCUCCUCUGGUCGGCUCUUUCAAUGGCACCCAGGUCCCCCAGUUCUUGUUCAGCAGCAGCAACUUCCUCUAUCUGCUCUUCACCACAGAUAACAGCCGAUCCAACGCCGGCUUCAAAAUACUAUAUGAAAGUGUUACGGUGGACAGUUAUUCCUGCUUGGACCCCGGCAUUCCUGUCAAUGGCAUCAGAUACGGGCAGGACUUCUCCAUUGGAUCGACGGUGUCAUUCGGGUGUGAUUCUGGAUAUAGGCUCAGCCACGAGGAACCGUUGGUCUGUGAGAAGAACCACUGGUGGAGCCACCCUCUACCCACCUGCGACGCUCUGUGUGGAGGUGAUGUCCGGGGGCCCUGGGGAACCAUCCUGAGUCCUGGAUACCCAGACAGCUACCCCUCGUCUCUCAACUGCACCUGGACAGUGGAAGUCAGCCACGGCAAAGGAGUCCAGUUCCAGUUCAGCUCGUUUCACCUGGAGGACCAGCACGACUACCUGCUGCUGACGGAGAACGGGAGCUUCGUGCAGCCGCUGGCCCGUCUCACAGGAAAUGAGUUACCUAGCAACAUUAACGCCGGUCUCUAUGGCAACUUCAAAGCCCAGCUCCGUUUCAUCUCUGACUUCUCUAUUUCCUACGAGGGCUUCAACAUCACUUUCUCCGAGUACACCUUGGAGCCUUGUGAAGAUCCUGGGAUGCCACGCUUUGGACGGAGGAAUGGCUACAGUUUUGGAGUUGGCGACACGUUAACAUUUUCCUGUAAUGUGGGGUAUCGGCUUGAGGGGGCACCAGAGCUGGUGUGUCUGGGAGGCGGGCGGAGAAUGUGGAGCGCUCCUCUGCCCAGAUGUGUCGCUGAGUGUGGGUCUUCAGUCAUCAACAAUGAGGGGAUUCUUCUCUCGCCGAACUACCCCAUGAACUACGACAACAACCACGAGUGCAUAUACAGUAUACAGGUGCAGGCUGGCAAAGGCAUCAACAUUUCAGCACGAACCUUUCAUCUGGCCCAGGGGGACAUACUGAAGGUGCACGACGGGAAAGACAGCACGGCCCAUGUUCUCGGAGCGUUCACCGGCACGUCUAUGCUGGGGCUAACCCUCAUAUCCACUUCCAAUCAUCUCUGGCUGGAGUUUUUCAGCGAUGGAGAAAGCACAGGGGAAGGAUUCAAACUGGUAUAUUCAAGUUUCGAGUUAUCACAUUGUGAGGACCCUGGGGUGCCACAGUUUGGCUUCAAGGUCAACGACCAGGGACACUUCUCCGGCAGCAGCAUCACGUACCGGUGCGAGCCUGGGUACACGCUGCACGGAGCCACCACGCUCAAGUGUAUGACGGGAGAGCGCCGCGCCUGGGAUAAUCCUCUGCCUUCCUGUAUUGCCGAGUGCGGUGGUCGUUUCAAAGGAGAGUCCUCGGGUCGCAUCCUGUCACCUGGAUACCCAUUUCCCUACGACAACAAUCUCCGCUGCACCUGGACUAUUGAAGUCGACUCUGGAAAUAUAGUGAGCCUCCAGUUUCUUUCUUUUGACACUGAAGCCAGUCACGACAUGCUGAAGGUGUGGGAUGGCCCACCUGAGAAUGAGAUGUCUUUGGCCGAGCUGAGCGGGUCUCUUUUGCCCGAGGGAAUCCACUCCACACUCAACACUGUCACGGUCCAGUUUGAAACUGAUUUCUACAUCAGCAAGUCUGGAUUUGCUAUUCAGUUUUCAAGCUCUGUGGCCACAGCCUGCAGGGAUCCUGGUGUCCCCAUGAACGGCAGCAGGAGUGGGGAUGGGCGGGAGCCAGGGGACUCGGUGUCCUUUCAGUGUGACCCGGGAUACGAGCUCCAGGGGGAUGACAAAAUCACCUGCAUACAAGUGGAUAAUAGAUACUACUGGCAGCCCAGUCCGCCGGUCUGCAUCGCUCCCUGUGGAGGAAACCUCACAGGCUCCAAUGGAUUUAUUCUGUCUCCGAACUACCCGCAUCCUUAUCCUCAUUCAAAGGACUGCGACUGGCUCAUUGCUGUCAACUCUGACUACGUCCUUUCACUGGCUUUCAUUAGUUUCAACAUUGAGCCAAACUAUGACUUCUUGUACAUCUACGACGGCCCGGACAGCAACAGUCCUCUGAUCGGGAGUUUCCAGGACAGCAAACUCCCUGAGCGCAUCGAGAGCAGUUCCAACACGAUGCACUUAGCAUUUCGCAGCGAUGGUUCUGUGUCCUACACUGGCUUCCACUUGGAAUACAAAGCAAAACUAAGAGAGUCUUGCUUUGAUCCUGGUGUUGUUUUGAACGGGACAAGGCUAGGAUCUGAUUAUAAACUUGGAUCCACUGUGACCUUCUAUUGUGAAGCUGGAUAUGUAUUACAGGGAUACUCAACACUCACAUGCAGUAUGGGGGACGAUGGGCGACCAGGGUGGAACAGGGCUUUACCAAGUUGUCAAGCACCGUGUGGAAGCCGGUCCACUGGGACAGAGGGCACAGUAUUAUCUCCAAACUUUCCCAGAAACUACACUUCUGGACAGACCUGUGUCUACUCCAUAUCUGUGCCCAGAGAAUUUGUUCUGUUUGGGCAAUUCGUGCUUUUCCAAACAUCUCUGAACGAUGUGGUGGAGAUCUAUGAUGGCCCCACGCAGCAAAACACUCUCCUCUCUUCUCUCUCCGGGUCGCACUCUGGUGAGUCGCUCCCUCUGAGUACAGGCAACCAAGUCACGGUCAAGUUUACCACGGUAGGACCAGAGACCGCAAAAGGAUUUCACUUUGUCUAUCAAGCCGUUCCAAGAACAAGUUCAACUCAGUGUAGCUCGGUUCCAGAGCCACGAUUUGGGAAACGUCUCGGGAAUGAUUUUGCAGUUGGCUCUUUGGUACAGUUUGAGUGUAACCCUGGAUACGUCCUUCACGGGUCCAUCGCCAUUCGCUGCGAAAGUGUGCCGGACAACCUGGCCCAGUGGAACGACACACUUCCAACUUGUAUAGUUCCCUGCGGGGGUGCCCUGACCGCACGGCGUGGAACCAUCCUGUCACCCGGAUACCCCGAGCCCUACGACAACAACCAGAACUGUCUGUGGAAGGUCUCUGUUCCCGAGGGGGCCGGAAUACAGAUUCAAGUUGUGAGCUUUGCUACUGAACAUAACUGGGACUCCCUGGAUUUCUACGAUGGUGCUGACAACCAUGCACCACGCCUGGGCAGCUACUCUGGAACCACCAUCCCACAGCUCCUCAAUAGUACUUCUAACAACCUGUAUUUGAGCUUCAGUUCUGACAUCAGCGUCUCGGCAGCUGGGUUUCACCUUGAGUACACAGCUAUUGGGCUUGAGUCCUGUCCAGAGCCGCAGACACCAAGCUAUGGGGUCAGAGUGGGAGACCGCUUCAUGGUGGGGGAUGUGGUACAGUUCUCAUGUGAACAAGGAUAUUCUCUUCAGGGCAAUGCCCAUAUCACGUGUAUGCCGGGGCCAGUGCGCAGAUGGAACUACCCGGUGCCUCUCUGUCUCGCCCAUUGCGGUGGGUCCAUGACAGAUGUGAGCGGUGUGAUCCUAAGUCCCGGUUACCCUGGCAACUAUCCCAGUGGAUUAGACUGCACAUGGACAGUCAACCUACCUGUCGGCUUUGGCAUCCACCUCCAGUUCCUGAACUUCUCCACUGAGGCCAUCCAUGAUUACCUGGAGAUCCGCAGCGGCUCUCUGGAGACUGGCUCUGUGAUAGACCGGUUCAGUGGCCCCCUUCUCCCCAAAUCCCUGUUUAGUACCACGCACCAGACCAGCUUCUUCUUCCACAGCGACUACUCCCAGAACAAACCAGGCUUCCACAUCACCUACCAAGCAUACCAGCUCCAGAGUUGCCCGGAUCCUCGACCUUUUCGAAACGGUAACGUGAUAGGAACUGACUUCAGCGUGGGGAUGACGGUGUCCUUCGAGUGCCAGCCCGGUUACUCUCUCAUCGGUGAAACUUCUCUGACCUGUUUACAUGGAAUCAGCCGCAACUGGAACCACCCACUUCCAAGAUGUGAAGCUCUCUGCGGUGGAAACAUUACGUCGCUGAACGGGACCAUUUACUCCCCUGGACAUCCGGAGGAGUACCCAAACUUCCAGGACUGUGUGUGGAGCGUCCGGGUGCCACCAGGACAUGGCAUCUACAUCAACUUCACCGUCCUGAGCACAGAGCCCAUCUAUGACUACAUCACUGUCUGGGAUGGCCCUGACCAGUCGUCUCCACAGAUUGGACAGUUUAGCGGCAACACGGCCUUGGAGUCUGUUUACUCAACCUCCAACAUAAUCCUUAUCAAGUUCCACUCAGACUUCUCCGGAGCUGGAUUCUUUGUGCUAAGUUACCAUGCGUACCAAUUACGGGUGUGCCAGCCUCCACCUGAAGUGCCCAACGCUGACACCCUGAUGGAGGACGGCGAGCUGGAGAUAGGUGACAUCAUCAGGUACAGAUGCCAUCCUGGCUUCUCAUUGGUCGGCACUGAGAUUCUCACCUGUCGUCUUGGAGAGAGGCUUCAGAUGGAUGCACCGCCGCCCACGUGCCAAGUACAAUGCCCGGCUCAUGAUGUGAGAUACGACUCUUCUGGGGUCAUCCUGAGUCCGGGUUGGCCCGACAGCUACCCCAAUCUCCAGAUGUGUUCGUGGAGUGUCACUGUGGAGAAGGGCUACAAUGUCACCAUCUCUCUGGAGAGCUUCCACACGGAGAGGGAGUUUGACGUGUUGGAGAUCUUUGACGGUUCCACCGCUAACAGCCCCUCAUUAGCCACCCUGAGUGGAGACCUGCCCACUCCCUUUAACCUGACUACCACUGGCCAUCAGUUUUUGGUCCGCUGGUCUUCGGACCAUGGCACAAACAAGAAAGGCUUCAAAAUUCGCUAUGUUGGUGAGUACCAAACGCUGUACUGCUCCACGCCGGACUCUCCGUUGCACGGGUCCAUCUCCUCUCAAAGUGGCGGCCAUGUCAACAGUGUCGUGCGUUGGGCUUGUGAUCGAGGUUACCGGCUCAUCGGCAACGCCACAGCAACCUGUAGAAGAACUGUGCUGGGCUACCACGCCUGGGAUUCGCCUGUACCUGCUUGUCAAGCUGUGUCAUGUGGUGCACCUAAGGCUCCCAUAAACGGUGGCGUUUUAACAGCUGACUACUCCGUGGGAACGAGAGUCUCCUACUUCUGUAAUGACGGCUACAGACUGUCGAGUAAAGAGCUCACAUCUGCUAUCUGCCAGCCGGACGGCACGUGGAGCAACCACAACAAGAUCCCACGCUGUUCAGUUGUCGUGUGCCCAAGCAUCGGCUCCUUCUCUCUGGAGCACGGCCGCUGGAGGAUCGUAAAUGGCUCUCACUAUGAAUAUGGCACUCGCAUCGUGUUUACUUGUGACCCUGGAUACUACCGACUCGGACCGGCCCACAUCCAGUGCUUGCCCAAUGGGGUUUGGAGUUGGAGGAACGACAGACCCCAUUGCCAAAUUAUCUCAUGCGGAGACCUACCCUCUCCGCCCACUGGGAAGAAAAUCGGCACACAAACCUCAUUCGGAGCCACUGCGAUCUUCACCUGUGAUCUUGGCUUCAUGCUGGUGGGCUCUGCUGUGAGGGAGUGCUUGUCCUCUGGGCUUUGGAGUGGAACCGAAACACGCUGUUUGGCCGGUCACUGUGGCAUUCCAGAGACCAUUGUGAACGGCCAAGUGAUCGGAGAGAACUUCGGUUACCGUGACACCGUGGUGUACCAGUGCCUGCCCGGCUUUCGGCUAAUAGGCUCUUCAGUCCGCAUCUGUCUCCAAGACAACCAGUGGUCCGGACAGCUUCCUGUCUGCAUACCUAUCAGCUGUGGUCAUCCAGGAAGUCCCAUUUAUGGUCGCACUGUUGGAAACGGCUUCAAUCUUAACGACGUGGUGAGCUUCGUCUGUAACCGCGGCUACGAAAUGGAGGGGCCUUCUCGUGCUCAGUGCCAGGCCAACCGGCAGUGGAGCAACCCGCCUCCAACGUGUAAAGGUGGGGAAAAAAUGGUCAACUGCUCCGAUCCAGGAAUUCCAGCCAACUCAAUCAGACAAAGCAAAAUCGAACACGGCAACUUUACGUUCGGCACAGUGGUUUUCUAUGACUGCAACCCCGGGUACUAUCUGUUUGGAUCGCCUGUUCUGACCUGCCAGCCCACCGGCCAGUGGGACAAGCCGCUGCCAGAGUGCAUAGUUGUGGACUGUGGUCAUCCAGGCUCUCCCCCUAACGGUGUGCUGAGCGGAGAUAAGUUUACAUUUGGUUCAACGGUUCGAUACUCCUGUCUGGGCGGGAGACAGCUGAAAGGGGAAUCAUCCAGGACAUGUCAGCUCAACGGGAUGUGGAGUGCCCCCAUGCCCUUCUGCUCUGGCGACACAGCUGGCUCUUGUGGUGAUCCCGGCAUCCCCUCUCACGGCUCCCGGGAACAAACAGACUUCCGGAUCCGCUCCAAGGUUUUCUUCAGCUGUGGCGAAGGCUAUGAGCUGAUCGGGUCAGCAGAGAGGAUGUGCUUUCCCAACGGCACAUGGUCGGGAACUCAGCCCUUCUGUAAACCUGUCCAGUGCGGUAACCCUGGCACUCCCAGUAAUGGCCGAGUCUAUCGCUUGGAUGGGACAACAUUUUCACAUUCUGUCAUCUACUCUUGUAUGGAUGGCUAUUUACUCACCGGCGCCACCACAAGGCUGUGCCAGGCCAAUGGGACAUGGUCAGGACUGCAGCCGAACUGCACCAUGAUUAACUGCGGUGAUCCUGGUGUUCCUGCCAAUGGCCUUCGUUAUGGAGAAGACUUCACCAUCGGUCAGAACAUCACCUUCCAGUGCCAGCCUGGGUACAGGAUGGAGGAGGACGGGUCACCUGUGAGGGCUUGUACUCAGAACGGGACGUGGAGCGGGAACAUGCCCCUGUGCUCAGCGGUGACCUGUCCCUCCCCUCCUGCAAUCAGUAAUGGCGUCCUCCAGGGCAGUGACUUUGAGUGGGGCAGCAGUGUGAGUUACAGCUGCUUGCCGGGAUACGAGCUCUCGUUCCCCGCGGUCCUGACCUGCGUGGCCAAUGGAUCCUGGAGCGGCAUGCAACCACAGUGUUUACCAAAGUUCUGUGGCGACCCCGGGACCCUCGUCGGAGGAUUCAGGGAGGGGCGGAGUUUCAUCUAUCAGUCAGAAGUGUCCUUCACAUGUGCCCCUCCCCUUAUUCUCGUCGGCACGGAGACCAGACUAUGUGAAAGCGAUGGGACUUGGAGCGGGACUCAACCUCGCUGCAUUGAGCCGACAAAGACGAGCUGUGAUAAUCCUGGGACUCCACGCUAUGGGUCGUUAAAUCGGACAUUUGGAUUCAAGGUGGGGAGUGUGGUGUCCUUCCAGUGUCAGCCGGGUCACUUGAUACAGGGCUCCUCCUCUCGAACCUGCCAUCCUGAUCUGACAUGGAGCGGGACACAACCUGAAUGCAUCCCCCAUGCCUGUAAGCAGCCCGAGAGCCCGCUGCACGUGGACGUGGUGGGGAUGGAUCUGCCCGGCUUUGGCUACACCUUGGUCUACAGCUGUCAGCUCGGCUACUUCCUGGCCGGUGGAUCAGAGCAUCGAGUGUGCAAAAGUGAUGGGACGUGGACCGGAAAAAUGCCAAUAUGUCGAGCUGGAGAGAAGAAAAAGGCAGUGAAGCCAGCCACAGGGACCCCCAGCCCAAAACUGAACGUUCCCGACGAUGUUUUCGCUCCCAACUACAUCUGGAAGGGCUCCUAUAAUUACCGUGGGAGGAAGCAGCCUAUGACUCUGAGCAUCACCAGCUUUAACUCCAGCACGGGUCGAGUCAACGUAACCCUUAGCAAUGGCAACAUGGAACUCCUGCUGUCAGGAGUAUACAAAGCAUCAGAGGCCAGGCUGCUGCUCCUGAUGUACCAAGUGAACUAUCCCAACCAAGGAACCCAGUCCAAGAACUCUGCCAUCUCCCCGGCGAAAAUUAUCGAAGAUUCCUGGACCAUGGACGGAUUCGUUUCUGCUGAGCCUGAUGGUACCAGUUACGUUUUCCAAGGCUUCAUUCAGGGAAAAGACUACGGCCAGUUCGGACUCCAAAGACUAGGUCUAAAUAUGUCUGAGAGUCAUAAUUCUCCACCGCCUCAACUCGGUACCAACAGUAGUUCUGUGGCUAUCGCUAUCCUGGUGCCUUUUUUCGCUCUGAUCUUCACCGGCUUUGGCUUCUAUCUUUACAAACAAAGAACAACACCAAAAACCCAGUACACCGGCUGCUCAGUCCAUGAAAAUAAUAAUGGCCAAGCUGCCUUCGAGAACCCCAUGUACAACACCAACGCCAAGGCAGUGGAGGGGAAAGCAGUGCGCUUCGAUCCCAAUCUAAAUACUGUCUGCACCAUGGUCUGA